AUGGAUUUUGCAUCUUUCAGUUUGUACUGUAUUGUUUUCGCUAGUACGGUAAGUUUUUAUAAUAUCAGUUUGGUAGUUGCUGUGCGACUUUGUUGACGAAAGGAAGUUCUUAUUAUGAAGAGAAACUGAUCGACAAAAAUCCUUCUAAUACAUUGUGUUUGCAGUUGGUAAAAUUCUCCUUCGCAUGUGGCGACUCGCUGGAUCAUUCUUCGGGUAGGUUUAACUCAUACACCUCGAUAAAAUAACAAACAAUAACCUAAGGAAGUUUCACUAUUUUUUUCCUUAACAAAUUGUUAUUUUGUGGCCGGGACUCAGCCGGUGGUGUUGCAAUACCGACCUUCAUGCGAUCCAUCGGACGAUGUUGUUCUUCCGCUCGACUCUUCAAUUUUAUUUUAACGAACAAAAAAUCUAGAUAUUUCAAUUUACUGACAACUGCAAUGCCGCAGUAUUAAACAGCAAUUCAUGAAACCAAAUUACACAAUAGGUGAGUUUUACAGUGUGUUCUUGAUACGUGCAAGGCAGCCUGAAUUCAUAUUCUUACAAAGUUUACUUAAGAUAAGGAAUAGUUUUAAAUAGUGUCAGUCUCACGAACGUUAGCAUCAAAUUCAUUAAGUUGUUUUUAUCAUAAAGCUAGAUAAACGAACGGACUUCUUGGAGUCCGAUGACUUUGCAGCUUUGUCAUUUCAAACUAUUGGACAAUAAAAUCAUUCUGUAUAUUUGGUAACGAAACAAUUAUUGAGUGAUAUUUAUCCGACACACUGAAAACAACGCCGAGUGAAUAUUUGUUAAACUAAAUUUCGAAUAUACAUAUUUUUGCUGCUUGGCUUUGGAGUACAGUAUCAUUUAUAAAACGAAAUCAUGCCAUCUGUUCAUGUCCUCUGGUCAAUUCCAAUUGAUUAUGCGCUUUUUGACUUUGAUAUUUUGUAGUGCCAUAACGAACGAUUUGUUUUUUCAACAUUUAAAGUUUUCCUUGUUGCAAAAAAAUCGCAAAACUAACCGUCUCACCAAAAAUAUAACUGCUUGGUUCUACUCGUCUUCGCAACUCCGUAAUUUUACAUCAUUUUAUGUUCAUGCGAAUAUCUCAUCUAAACUUUGCAGUAAUACAAUGAAUGAAACGAAAAUAAAGGAAAUUAAAGAAAAAAAUCUCAUUGCUAGAUUGAUAUCGUCAAAAUCUAGCUGAUACCGACACUCUUUCCACUUUCAAUGAGCGAACGCGUUUCUGCUAUUCGACGUUAGGUGUACUGCACCCUAUAACGCCGAGCUUAGGCGCCACAUUUUGACUUAUCAUUCAUUAUUCUUGACCUCAUUGUAAACUCUUUCCAAUCGAGGGAGAGCCACUAAUAUACAGAAUGAGUUUUCUAUGGCCUUAUGCAUGAUAUUCGGAAUUACAUAACGUAUUAUCAGCGUUCUAGCCUGGUCCACAUAUGGAAACAUAUGGAAACAUUCAUAACAGAACUUUGACAUUUAUGCAUAACGUUUUUGAGGCGUUGCUGAACAGAUUGUUUUCAUUCACUUCAUAAGCGAAAAUUUCAAAACAAAAUGGUUAUUUGCGAUGAUCCCUAUUCUCGUUAAGAGCCUCUGGUCUAAUUUAACCUUACAACAUAAGAAAGAACGAAGCGGAAUAAUAUAUCGUGAACAUGUGGUCGUAUUGAUAUACCACAGACUAUGACGAUUGACAAUUCUUUAAUGCAAGAGCAACUUGGAAUUUAACCAAAAACUCUUCAAAACAACCUUUUUUGUCACUAAUUCUUUUUGAAGAUUAAACCAACCUGCAGUUUUACCAUUAAAAACUGUACGUUAACGGUUAACGUAAGUUCGGCUGAAGAAAAGCGUUAUCAUUAAAAUCGGGAAUUCGUUGGGAUAAAUUAACUGUUCCAAAUACAUUCUGAGCAUAUUUCAUUUCAAAGAAAAAUGAGGAUAAAGUUGUUGUUGAUUCUGAAAAGCUGGACUGAAAUUAAACAAAGAUGCACUCAUAUAUUUGGCAGGGAGACAAAUAAACGGCACACAUUUGGGUAACUGGAUAACUUAGCGCCUUCCAAAUAGGCUCUGGCCAGCGUAAUUAGAACGGAAUGAGGUUCUUGAUGAAAAUUUAAUUUUUCUUACUUCGGUUAAGUUCUUUUCGAUCAGUCGAAGAAUGUUCCAUUUUAGUUUUUUCUAAUAAAAAGUUUGUGAAAACCUGCAAAUACUCGUUGCUCUUAUUCCGAAGGGACGGUGCCGAUGGGGUGUUAAAAGGUUUCUGGUUCCAUGAUCAGUAUACUGAAGCAAUUUCUGUGUUUUCGUUUUAAUAAAAUUAUGUAUUUAAAAGACUUUAUUACGUCCCUGUUCCAAAAUGAACCAGAUACAAAAGUUUACGUGAUUUAAACGAUUUCAUAAUCGAUGAAAUAUUUUGCUAAGUAUUUUUGUUUUGGUGAAUAAAAGUUCUAAUUUCUACGAAAUAGUCGGCUCCGUUAGAACUUGUUUGGAAAAUAAUGCAAGUAACAGCAGUUUCUAGCUGUUUUCUUCUUUUGAUGCAAAUCAACUUUGAGUUAACACUCUUUAUGGCAUAUUUGAAGAACAAAAGUUGUUUUGGAAAGACAAGGCCGGUGAUCUCACCAGGCUAAAGAAAUCAUUAACAGGGCGAUUUUACGACGAAGAUGUGAAUUGGCAAAACGAUAAUAACUUGAACUGACAAUAAUUGUUAUCAAUGAUGACGCUGACAAAGGAAAACCACCUGCAAAAUUAAGUGAUAGCCGCGAAUGGUUCAAAUUGUGCAAAGCUGGCUUGAAUGAUUGAUAUUCGGGUUGAGAGGAAUUAAUUUGGGUCUACAACACGGGACAGCUUUUAAGACAGCUAUUUCACUCUCAGGAAAUGCUUUCUCAGCCGUGCGAAUAUUAAAACCAUAAUUGUCAAUCCGAAACUUAGCAGAACAAAGAUAUCAGUGUUUCGGGAAGCUUCGCUCCAAAAAUGUUUUUCAUUCCCGAAAAGCUGCUUUUAUUUUAAUUUAUCUGGCUUGAGGAGCCUUUUCGGAAAAGCCUUUUAGGUUUUUAGUGAAAAAUUUCUGGCUGGUAGUGUGAACGGUAGGCGUAAUCUCAGGAAUAAAAGUUGCGUUCGGUUUUAAAUUUCUUCGACGCAGUUUGAGCGGGACCCUUUCAACAAAAACGGGUUGCACAACUUUUAAGUGCUCAUUGUCAUUUACUUCAAAUUCAAAGCCCCUUUCACUUUUUACAUGACGUGCUUCUGCUACGUGGGAGUUGAAGCCCGGAAGUCAUCUUAAGUCCGGGAACUUAGGGUUGGGGGUAAGGGCUGCUUUCCCAACCCUCUAGGAGAUACAAUUUGUGGACCCCUUACUGCUUAAUUUAGAAGCGUGAGAUGUCCCUAAAUUUCUCGCAAGGCCUUUCAAGGACUUCAAGAUAAUCGAUCUGAAAAAUGACAGAAAGAAAUUGCCGGAUUAGUUUCGGAAAUGAAUUCAAUUGUCGAGUCAUUUAUUUGAAAACGUUCAGAACAUUCAGAAAUCUGCUGCUCAACUUGAAAACGUGUUCAAACGCGUUCAAACGUUCGAAACGCGUUCAAGCCACGCCCGCUGAACAAGACUCUCGUACGGAAUGUUGUUUAUUGAAACCCGACAUAACUUCUCCCCUCCAUGAAUUCGGCAUUUAGUUAUCAAUCGAUUUCUUUUGUAUUUCCUUCCUAUAGAUGUGGUCAGCGUUCUCAAUGUCACCGUGAAAUCUGUAGGGACAAAUGAUGCGGGCAACGAGAAGUUGGCUUAUAUUUUGGUCAACAACAAAAACUAUGCACUACAAACCCAAGGAUAUAAUGUCGCAGUCUUUGAUUUACUCUCAGGUAUUUAUUCCAAGCUAUGUCGUAAGAGAAAAUAACGCCAUAGAAAACAUUCUUUGAAGCUUUUUUUCUCCAAUUUCCUCAAUCGUAGUUCACCUACAGUUUAGAACAUGAUUUAUUUCAUUCGUUUGUGGUGAGGUUCCUUUUCGGGGAAUGGAAUGGUCACGACAUGUUGCUGCGUAAUAAGUUGGCAGUAACGCAGAACUAACAACUAGGAGGGUUGUCUAUUAGUGUCCAAGGGGCUCGGUUCUGAUAUGUUUUUUCCGUUCUUCCAUGCAGGUCGUUUCCUCACAUCAUCUGCAUUCGACUGCGCAGCGAAGCAGGAUGAGUGCGACAGGAUGGGUGAGUUCCUGAGGGGCUUACCUCAGGAUGUUGUGGUGCUGAUGGCAAUACAGCUCUCUGCCGUGGAUAGCACCACGCUUCCGGCGAGUGAAAUGAAUGAAGUGGGUGCACAAAAUGCUAACAGUGUUCAAGCGCACAAUUCUCACGCAGUCAUCGGAUACAAAGGAAAAAAAACUGUGUCUUGGACAGAAGAAACUUAUAAAGGAAAUGGCUCAGGGCCGACUGAAAUAUCAUCAAGCAUUCCAAUCAACUGUUCAUAUGUAUCACAAGGUAAAUGAGUAUCUAACAGGUAAAAAAAGGCGUAGUUUUCUGUGUAUUCAGGGGUAGUUUCUAAAGAAACUGUGGUGCUGAGUCGGUGUUGGAGCACAAGAAGGUAUUGUACUCCAAUUUAGUUGGCCAUCGCAAAGCUGACGUUUCUAAGCUGACGCCUUCGUGAGAGUAAUGACGAAUGGCUAACGGUCGAAACGAAAUCAAGUGCGUUACAAAAAUGUUUCGUAAACGUGUAGGAUAAUUUUGGAUUUUUUUUGCUAAAUUCGAUCACCUUCAGCUCUCUUUUCUGUAUGUAGCGAUGCUAAGUAUCUUCUUGCGAGCUUAAACAUUCCCUUUUGAGAAGCAUGAAGCUUCUAGUAAUAUUACCGCCCCCUAGCUGGGAUGUUGGCAAAGUUUUGAUAUCCUCUUGAUAAUUUGUCUAGUCCCUAAGUUUGUCCACUGGUACCCAUUUACUCUCCUGGGCGGAGACAGGCAUUAUGAGAGAAACGUGCGGAGUCCAGAGCUCCAAAUAUUAACCCAUUGCAACCCAUACCGACCUCCAUACAUUUACUAAGGUGCUGAGAAAGAGAAUUUGCUUUGAGAUCGAGAGCUUCUUUUGUUGGUGAUUAAUUCCUUUAUUCUCAUGACCUUAGUGUGCAAUUCAGGAGUGAGAUUGUAAGGAGAAAUUAAAUGCUUGUCACUCUUGAGGUCAAUGGGUUAAAACCCCUCUUAUUACCAAUAGUCUUGUCUUCUCUGCAAAAUAUUUUUAAUCAUCGAUCUUCUCUCCUUUCAUUUCAAGAUUCUACAACCUGUAACCCAUUUAACGUGGCGUCACAGAAGUAUGGAGGAAGCUGUUUAAAUCAGUCCUCGAACAGCGGCAACUCGAACGGUUGCGAAAACGUUCUUGAUGGGAAUACAACUGUCGGCUGGGAAUCAGCGUCAAAUGAGGCCGUCAAUUCGUUCAUACAAAUUGGGUUUCACACAACCUUCGUCGUUGAUAAGUUACGGAUCAUGCAAAGAACUAGCUCUGGUCAACAAAUCCAAGAGAUGUUGUUGGAGUUUAGUGACUGUUCGAUGGAAACGGUGCGUAAUCGAUUUCCUUCGAUCAAUUGGAGCUAAAUUUAUGAAAUUCGUUUUAUUUUCUUCAUACUUUGGAAAGUGGCGGGUGAUUUGAUCUGAAAAAAAUAAUACUUUCUUCAAGAUUUACAAAAGUGCACGUCUGAGGAGACAAAGGGGGUAAAGAAUGGGGGUGGAGGGGAAUUAAGGUGGAGGGUAGAGUGAGAGGUAGAGUGUGAAGGGGGUGUGGAGGGGGAGCAAAGUGGUGGGUAGAGUGAGGGGGGGUAGAAUGUGGGGGUGGAGGGGGAACAAAGUGGAGGGUAGAGUGGGGGGUAGAGUGGGGGGUAGAGGGGGGGGUAGAGUGAGGGGUAGAGUGUGUGAGUUGGAGUGGGAGCAAAGUGGAGGGUAGAGUGGGAUAAAGAGUGGGAGGUGGGGGGUGGAGAGGGAGCAAGAUGGAUGGUAGAGUAGGGGGUAGAGUGAGGGUUAGAGUGAAGGGGAAGAUUAGGGGUAGAGUGGAGGGUAGAGUGGGGGUAUAGUGAGGGUAGAGUGGAGGCAGACUUUGAUAGAGUUGGUGGUAGAGUUGGGGGUAGAGUGUGUGUAGAGUUGGGAGGGUAAAGUGAAGGUGGAAGCGGAUAAGGAGAGAAGGGAGAUAAGCAAAAAUUCUUGAAAUCACGUUUAAGUACUAAAUGAAUGUGCCAUUAAACCAAAAUUCAUGAUAUGACUUGUUCCCAUUUUGCUUUGCAGAUUACACUGGCGGGAAACACGUCUAAUUUUGAAGAGUUUACCUUCUUGGCUCGUAGAACAAGCUGGGUAAAAUUUACCGUGAAAAAGGUGCUUGGAAGCAGCGGUGGAGUUGGCAUACAAGAAAUUGAGUUGAACAACGACUUGUGCAAACAAAGUAAGUUACAAGGAAAGAUUAACGAGAGUAAUCGCGGAAUAAAAAGUAACAAGUAAGAUCCAGAAUAGGAAAUAAGUUGAAUCAGAUCAUCCUAUGAAACGGAGGAUCAUCUAGUCGAUUCUCUCAUUUUGAAUAAUGGAACUGGAUUGGUGUUUUUCAGAAACCAUAUGUGACCUUACCCAGCUUACAGGUGGUGGUCAGUCCAACCGCUAUCGCUUACAUCGAACCCAGUUUCCUCUCAUGAUUGAUGCUAAGGACGACGUCUCAGUGCUUCUCACGAGUGACUCGCGUGAACAAAGCUCAGGGUAUAGCAUUUUGAUUGGUUCAAAUGGGAAAGUGGUCUUGAAAAGGCAAAGUAACCAGAGUAAAACUCUGACGGAAUUCAACACCACUGGCUCUUUGCUGAAAGAAAACGAGAUGCGGUUGUUUUGGAUCGAUGCAACGAAAGACAGAUUGAUAUUUGGCUCUGGAGAAAAGGUACUGUAACCCUUUUUGUUAUGUCUUUCAUUUGAUGGUUUAUUUUUAUUUCAGAUUAAAGGAUUUUAAGUACAAUCAAAGCAUCAGGCCAGGUUUAUCUUAGCGGCUAGAUUUUCUGCUUGUGUCGCAUUUGUAUCAAUGCAAAUCAAUUUGGAAAACACCAAAAAGAAUUAAAAACUGUUAAAGUAGCAACAAACUCUUGAAGGAAAUGAAAAGGACUUCAAUUGCUUUGAAUAUAAUCAUUUUUUGUGCAUGUCGCACGUUCUCCACACAAAAUUUUUAAGUUUUUGUUGCUAUCUAACUUAUAUCUGUAAGUUCUAUAUUUGUUCUGAAACACAAACAUGUUAUUAUGAUCUGAAAAACGUCAUGUUUAUUAAGGCGUUAUUGUGCAAAUGAUGUAAUUGAUCAAUGGAAAUGAGUAAAUAACCUGUUAAAGAACCAAAUUUUAUUGAAAUAAAUUUUACUGAUCACUUGAUGGCCAACCAGUCGGCCGUUUGAAAAACGCCUCGAAGGAGAUGAACUAGGAGUUAAUAAUAAACAGAUAGCCGUAUGGAUUAAUAGAGCGUGAGACCUCCAUGGUUUUUUAAUUUCUCUGUGAGAUCAGGUUUAUUUAUUCCUUCGUUUCUUCCUGUUUGCCUUUCUAGGUUUACCUGUUUUGGAGAGAGGCACAGCCGGUUAAAUUCAAAUAUGCUUUCUUCUCCGCGACAAGUUCAUCAGCCAAGUUUCAAAUCUGUGCACGCGUUGGUAAGUAACUAGCUACCUAGUUUAAACCUUAACUCCCAGAACUGAAUGACGUGUGACUGCUUUUUAUACUAUAAAUACAUUUUGAGAAUACUCAAACUUAAUGGGUGUAAUUUUGUCAUAUUUAUCUAAUAACAAAUUCUCGUAACUUAUUAAAAAGAAAAUGUAUAGCAGCUUGAGGGGAGAAUCAAUCAGAUCUUGCAAGUUGAAGGAAAUAGGCUUCUAGAUAAGUCAAGAUUUCCCCUAAUUUCCAAUUGUGAUUUUGGAGUCUUGACUUAUAUACUUCCAAUCCUUGACAUUUUCAGAUCAUUGCUACAAAGAUGCUUCUCACUACUGGCCACUCGACAAGUCCACAAUCUAUCAAAAAGAUAUAAACGGUGAUGGAUCCCUGAUGGGAAAGAUACGCGGUCCAUGGUCCUUACAAGUAGGACCUUCUAAUCAGGGCUUCACACCGCUUGCACUAUCUCUCACAGGCUCAAACUGGGUAGAUUUCAGUUUUAAAAAAAGUGGCAAGGAAAGCUGUGUUCACAGCCCUUCGCAGUGUCCGAACGGAAUUUCUGUGAGCUUCAAAGCAAGUAUCUCAGGGGAUGGUACCGGAUAUAUCUUAUCCUCUGGCGGGAAAAGUUCAAGUGGUUUUGCCAUUUACUAUGUGAACUCUGUCAUGCAUUUUAGUCUCCGUGACGGACAGAAGAACUGGAAGGUUCAGAUAUCAUUUGAGAAAAACAAUUGGCAAACAUUUGCAAUGAGUUGGAGCCAGCAGAAUGGUUUGACCGCUAUUGUCUAUAAAGAUUCCGCCAUUGUCUUGGAUGACCCAAUUGGAAAGAUCGUCACGGUCACGCCACUAGCAAAUCAUCCCGCGUUACUCACGAUCGGUCGCACGGGUGACAAGGGUGACGCCUAUGCCAAGGCAGUGAUAAGAGAUGUUGCGGUGUGGGAAGAGGAAAUCACAGAAAAGAAAAUGUCGAAUUUACAUGUUUGUAACGGUGAGGAUGAAAAGUACUGCAUACGAUACAAAUCAAUUAACAGCUUUUUCGAUAACCGAACGUUUUUAAGUCACCGAACGUUGCACAAUGAAAUGAAGGCUUCGAGGAAUUAUGUAAUUUUAAAUCGUGAGGCAGUGUUUUCUCAUCGUGGAUCACCGAGAGGUCGAAAAAUUUAGCCUUAUGUCACUCUUAACGAGAUUUGAUUGCUGUGUCCUUGGUAGUGCUCGCUCUGACAUUGUGCGCGUGCGUGCCUGUAAGUGGGUGCUUAGAAGCGCGCAAAAUAUUAACUAGGGUCCAUAAAGGAUAUCAGUACUCACCGCGGGGAGAUAAUAAACGCGCUUACGAUUUAAUGGGUGUGUAAAAGUCCCUUAAAAUUUCAAUUCUAAACGUUACCUUAAAAUUUCGAUUCUGAUUUCAAUUACAGAUCCCGCUAGCUGCGCCACAGGUUGGUUGUAUUUUGACGGCUCCUGCUACAAGGUCAUGUCGAAGAACCUCACAUUUCAUUCAGCACGAAAUUCGUGUCUUUCCCAAGGAGCUGAUUUGGUGAAGAUUUCUUCUGAAGAGGAAAAUACCUUUGUUAAAAACGAAACUGGCAGCCAAGCGUGGAUCGGACUCGAACAGACAGAUAAUGCCUUCUAUUGGAAAGAUGGCUCGGGAAUGUCCUUCAACAAAUCGAUAAGUGGGUCUUCGGGAAGUUGUGUUGUGAUGGAAGUAAAAGGAACCUGGCGAAAGUCUGAUUGUUCUAUUACCCAAGGAAAAUACAUCUGCGAACAAGGUAAGUGUUCAAGGGGGUAAAUUGUGCCUAUAGUUUCACAUGUCAAGCAAACCUGAUGGUUUUUAUAAACUGAUUAUAACUGGAGCAUAUUAAGGCUUCACAGCAAUGAAACGGAUAUAGCAAAAGAUUAGCAGAAAUUUUGUAAGUACAACUGCCUAUUUCAGAGCUUAUAAGUUUGCGUUUACCAAAAGGUUUCUUUAACUCGCUUCCCUCAGUAUACAGUGAUUUGAGAAGAUAAAUAACACAUAGUGUGUUUUAAUUAUUGAGAAAAUGUUUAUGCUAUCACCUCAUAACAGUUGUCCGUCAUCACCUGGGAUGCUACGAGGACAAUGCGGUGUCGCCGAAUUUUAUUUUCAAUCCUGGUGGUUAUAAACAUAGUAGAAUGACACAUGGCCUCUGUAUGCACUCAUGCGGCGCUUCGGACUUCACUUACGCGGCCCUAAAGAAUGGCAAUUUAUGCCUUUGUGCCAACUCUACCUCAAAAAUAACAGAGCACUCUCCAGACAUGUGCCUGUCGUCCUGCUUUGGAGCUGGAAAUCUCAAGUGCGGUGGGGAAACUCACAUAUCUGUGUACAAGACGGUCCAGGCGCGGCCUCUCAGAUUGACUUUAACAUUGGAUCUCCCGAUUACGACGCUUACAGGUUUCAACUUGACAAUGACACCAAAGUUACCAGAGGAUCAAAUCGUCGAGUAUUAUGUUAUCAACGUAGGAGAUGGAACAGAGUAUUACACCAAAGAUUCUAUGGCCACACUGGCACUGAUUGAGUCAGGAAACUACACCAUUCAAGGAAAAGCGAUGGCUAAGCAUAGUGAUACCGGACAUGUCACAGUGGUAGAGUCUUCCACUACUGUGUCCGCAACCUCAAACGUCUCAGGAGUAAACUUUUUCUGUCCAUCUGUGGGUUCUGUAAACAUGACGUUUAGUUGUUCCUUGAAAUUUAACCAGGGUGCCAACGUAGAAACCACGAUACAGUUUGAAGAUGGGGUUGACCGGAAUACAGUAGUUCCUGGUAAGAAUUGUUAGCGUGGCGAUAGACCACUUAGAGUUCUUUUAAAAUUAAAUUUAUACUAUCGAUAAGUCGAUUCCAAUCCCCAUUUUCCCGUCUGUCCGUCCAUCCAUGCGAACGCAUGACUUUUACUUCGUCAGUCAGUCAGUUCUUCGGUAAAUAUCCGGUUUCAAAUCGUAGUCGGCCGAUGAGUCGACUUUGACGACCAGACGAUUGGUCUGUGAAUCUAUAUUUCUUUCGUUCCUUCCUUACAGGACCCCAAGGACAACAGUGUUACACACUGAUGGGUUUCAAUCCUGUAUAAAAAUUCGUUAUUAUUAUUAUUAUUAUUCUCUAAGUGAGUCAUUCAGUUUAUGGUUAAUAAGUUAAUGUGCCACUCCAUGUGAGUCAGUCAGUCCGUCAGCCAGUAAUAUACAUUUAAAAAAACCUCGUACUUCCGGAUUUUUCACAUAUAGAUGCUGAAAUCCUUACACUGGGCAUCCUAGAGUCAGACUCAGAAUCCCAGGUUACUGCCGACGGGUUAUACCUGUUGGCUGGAAUGGACGUUACAAAUAAAGGUGAAGUUGUGGGUUUAGAAAUGGACGUCAAACAAGGAGGCUUUCUCGACUUAAAGGUACUUUAACAUCGAGGAUAAGAAAAUUUAAAUGGUACAACGUAGGUUUUUUUUCUCUAUAAAAACAGUGAAUCACCUCCUUUUUUCAGUUGCAAGAAGAACAUACAAGAGAUUGGAGAUAAAGCAGAGUGUCAUGCGUUCGACCAUAAGGUCACGAGGUGACCACCGUGGUGGUCAUCAUUAACCCUUUAACUCCCAAAAAAAUUCUCCUCACCGUAAACCAUACAAUUCCUAUGAUGUUAGUUCAGAGAAUCUUGUAUUGGAUCAACUAAUUAUCCCCAUAUUGAUAUUUUUCUUUAUUCUCAUCACUUGUCUACUUGAUAUUGUAUUGAUAUUGUAAGGAGAAAUUCUGUCUCGGUCAUUCAUGAGAGUCAAAGGCUUUAUUGUUUUUUAUUUGUUGUAAUUUGUGCUGCUAUUCAAAUUUCGUCAUAGAUUUAUCGCCCGACAUGUAACGACCAAAAACAACUUUAUUGCCAAGCAAAAAGAGUUUGUGUCACCAGGACUGUGAACAAAACCUCGUGUCCAGUGGGUAAGACCGAUACUUGCCACGGUGAAAACGUGUUCAGCUUUAAAAAGAGACAGUGCGCCACUGAGUCGUGUAGUGAAAACAACACACUGAAUGGUGCUACUGUCAACUUCGACUACGAGCACGUCUCAAGUUACAUGGUCUACUUAACAAGCGGACAUAAACUCUUCCUUAUCGAGAGUGCAAAUCAGCGACUUCAAGUCGAAGAAGGUGACGUCAUUGGGGUACGUUUCCCCUCUACGGGGCCAGCAGCGGCAUUGAAAACUAGCUCGAAAAGUUUCUCCUUCCUGUAUAAUAUUUCAGAGAUCAACGCUACCACGACACUGCGAAGUAACCGCCUUCCUUCAACAGAAGACAGUCCGACUGAACUACAUUAUGCUCCCUCGAUAGCCAUUCUGUACUCCGCUGUGUCUGAGACUAAAUUUGAACACCAAUUCCUUAUGGCUGGACAUGAGGCUGUUUCCUUUUCAGUAGGCAACUCUCGCGGAACAGAGAGCUUCACAAGAGAGGUUAUUCUUCAAGAAGCCAUAACAGACUUCCAAUUAAAACUACCCGAUGCUUUCCCCUACGGAGAAACUGUCAAUGUUACAGCGGAAAUAGUUUACGGUACUAAUGUGACGUAUGUCUGGGAAUUCGGCGAUGGUGAAAAUGCCACAACAUCAAGUCCGUGGGUAACGCACGUUUACAGGAACAAAACUGGAACAGUGACUCUUAAUGUUAUGGCAAUAAAUAAAGUAAGCUUGAUGUCCAUCUGGUGCACAGCUGUUAUUCAAGAAAGAAUCGCCGGCAUGGAAUUUAGGGAAACUGCAUUGCUUCCUAUUGAAAACGGAACUACUGCUAAUAUUGGCUGGCUGUUGCGUAACGGUUCGCACGUAGACUUCAAUAUCACUAUCACAUCCACAGGCGACAACCGUGCAACAAAUCUCUCCAACCCCAAAGUACCUGGGGCAAUAUUUUUCGCCAUUUAUAAAACGAAUUUGACGAUUCCUGGCUUGUACCUGGUGUCAAUCACCGCCACAAACAAAGUGAACAGUCUGAAAAUCAGUGGGAACCUGAGCGUGCAACGUUCCGUCUACGGAGUACAAAUGACGCACCCUGGCUUUUUGAGGACCAAUCAGACGUUCAAUUUCACCAUUUUGCCCCACCAAGGAGAAGAAUGGGCCAGAUAUACCCUACUUGCGAUGGACGGAACCACCAUUAAUACCUCUGAUAAAGUCAUUCCACAUGUGUAUAGAAAGGCAGGGAGAUACAAAGUUUCUUUAAUAGCUUCCAACGACAUUAGCUCGGUCGUGGUGCGCUGUGCAGAACUCAUCGUUCAAGACGUUAUCAAAGGCCUGGAAUUUAGGAGUUUUAGACGCGAGGUAGGAGUAAUGGAAGAGGCACGAGUGCACUGGAAGUUGAAUCAAGGAAGUGAAAUCUCUAUUCUAGUCGACUAUGGUGAUGGCGAGUCAAAACUGUUUGAAAAGAACAUUACAGUUGGAGACAUAUUUGUCGCCAUUAGCCUUCAUAAUUACUCCGCUCCAGGGGAAUAUCUCGUAAAUAUAACGGUAACAAAUCAUGUGGAUAGCCGUUGGAUAAACACCACAAUUUAUGUCGAGACCCCUGUAAAACACUUGACGUUUGCGGUAGAACGAGGUUCUCUACAAAUUUUUGGGGGUGGCAGAUGCAGGGGGAUAAGAGAUUUGUACAUUGCGGUAAAUGACUCCGUCACAGUAACUGCUGACGUAUCCAACGGCACCAACGUGAACGUGGUCUUCGACUUUGGAGAAGGUAAACCGAAAAGCAAGCAUCAUCCACGGGAAUUCCCCACAAACGGAACGACAGAGAACCACACGUACUCUACAGAAGGAGCAUAUAAUAUCACUGUGACGCUAUACAACAGAAAUCAGGAAAAUGGUACGGAUAGAUGCGAAGUUAUCGUCCAAUAUCCAAUCGACGCAGUGCUGCUCACGUCCAAUUCACCUCAGCCGUCCGACCCAGGGGAAGUAGCGCUUUCUUUCCACUUCCCUGGCUACAACGCUUCUGGACCAUUUAACGUGACAUACGACUUCGGAGAUAAUGAAACUGGAAGCUUUUUCUUACGAGAUAAGAAGGAGACAAAUCAUUCGUAUCCUAAACAAGGUGUGUAUACUGCCACGGUGAAAGUAUGCAACGAGAUAAGUUGUGGUAAUGCUUCCGUCGAAAUUAUAAUUCAAGAUAAGAUCCAUGGACUCCAGAUUUUUUCUCAUUUGACGAAUUUUAUCGAUGAGUGCCCCGGGGACAAUUUCAGGCCUACAAAAGGAGUGUUUCCCAAGGAAUACGACGUAUUCUUUAACUCCUCUAUCACAAAUGGUACUAACGUAACUUACAGCUGGAAUUUUUCGAGAGACAAUGACGUAUGCAAAGGAAUGAACUGUAUUCGGAAGUUUUCUUCCACGGGAAACCACACAAUUUGCCUCACAGCCAAAAACAAUGUCAGUAGCAAGACUGUGAACGAAACUAUCAUUGUUCACGAGAGUAUACGUGGGGUAAAACUAAGAAAUGAUGGACCGGCAGAAAUGAAUACGCUCAUUAAUUUUAGUCUGAGCAUGGACCAGGUAGGAAACGACUCUUGUUUCACAAUCGACCUGAAAGAUGAAACACAUUUAUUAUCAUACAGAAGUGGUAAAGGCAGAAAAAAAUGUGAUGGUGGUAAAACGUUUGAAGGAUCUAAAAAUUUUUCCCACACUUAUAAAGAAGCAAAACCUUACUUGGUCAGUUUUAAGGGCGAUAAUAGCGUAUCUUGUGUCAAAAUUGAAAGCGAGGAAACCAAAGCCGCCAUUGUGAAAGGGGAAUGCAUCUUUCCAAUUAUCACAGCUCCGGGAAUUGGAAAAAGGAAAGAAAAAAGUACAAAGUUCAAAAAGUCAGAGAAGAUUGAAAUAAAAACAGUAAAUACCCUCAAAUGUUACAACUACUCGACCCGGUACUAUUGGAAUAUGUCUCGAUUAGACGACUCCGUUAGCCCGACUCCAAACCUAUUCGGGAGCAUUCGUUUGGACAGACCAAACUUACUAAUCCCACCAAGGACACUAGACUACGGCUUAUACGAACUACAAUUUAGCAUCAACAUGUUGGCAGAACCAGGCGUUUACACGAUGGAGAAAUUUUACAUCAACAUCACAAAAACGGAUCUCGUAGCUUUCAUCGAUGGUGGUACAAAAAGGACUGUUGGUAAUGAAGAUCCUUUGACGUUGGACGCCGGAAAAUCAUAUGAUCCUGACACGGAGGCGGAAAAAAAAUUGAAUGUUGAGAGGUGCAACUGCACGUUCGCAUGGUUUUGCAAAAAAGAAUUUGAAAACGGAAGUUAUACACUACCUGUAAAUCUAACCAACUUACCACCUAUUCCCACCCCCCCUGUACAAAACAUUACUGCAAACGACUCCAUAAGGCCACAAUUAGGGGGCUGUUACGGAUACGGACCUGGACAACUUAACUUCAUGAAAGUGCAAGAUGUGUUGAACACGACAAAAAUGACACCCAACACAACCUACAGAAUAAGAUUCAUCAUCGCCAAAGACACACGAGUCUCGUACAGAGAUCAGACGAUAAACGUCAAACCGGGAAGCCCUCCAACUUUAGCCAUCGAGUGAGUAUUCAAUACUGAAUUAUCAUCUCUGAUUUUGUGUACAUUGGUGUGAAAUUGCCAUGCAUUUUUCACUUAUUUCACUUUGCGACCAUUUUACCAUUUUAGAUACUUUGCACACCAUUUAAAUGCCACUCUCGCUAAGAGCGGUCCUCUCGACUUCUCGUCAGAAAAAGUUUUCUUUUAUUUUUGCCCAUGAAAAGGGUUUGGGACACAUGUUUCAAAAGUCGUUUAGUUGUUCUCCAAUUCUCUUUUUUUGCGUCGCUACAUGCCAAAAAUGAUUAUAGGCCAGACCACUCCUGUGGACAGCGAUCGAAAGUGUAAAUUUCAGAGAUUUUGUCCAGCGCGCAGCGACUGCAACAAUGUAGCUCACGGAAUUCUAUCUUGCUACAAGUUACAAGGUGUAUUCAGUUAGUUUACAGACAAAAUAUGGAAACUUCAGCUGAAAUAUUUUUCUUACCAGCGUGAUCAGAGGAGACCCUUCUCUUCGACCUUAAUUUGCAUAUCAAAAAGUCACUACUUUGUACGAAAGAAUUCUCAAAAUGCAGGCGUUAAUCAGGCUAAAAAAGCAUAUCAGUGCAUAGUUUAUACACCAAUGAGGUCACGGAUCGCCUCAAACCCGCGGGUAUAUCUCUAGCUUCCAUCCACCAACUUCUUAAAAACAACACAAAUCAAUGUGUUUGCUCAAUUGCACUCGUGUCAAAGAUCACUUGCAUGAUUCUUAGAAUUGACCAAGAUCUCUUUUUGACCGUUCAAACUUCGUUCGUUUAUCUUCUACGUUGAGGAUUCUAGGUUUUCACAGCAACUAAAACGUUGCGUAAACGUGAUUGGUCGUAACGCUUGCGCGCUUGUGUGACUUACAAAGUAGACAAAGGUGAUCGGAAGGCGUCCUCUCGAAAAUUUACGUUGAAAUAUCAGGUCAUGAACUACGCACAGUGUGGAGCAGAUCAAAAUUAAAGAAUAAAAUUUGGCACUCUGGUCAUAACAGACAUAUCGCGUUGCUUAAAAGGACACAAAAACAAUUUGAAAUAGGUUACAGUGUUUAUAUUAACAAAACAACAUGCAUACACUCUGAAAUAAUUCUUGCAGUUUCUCCCGAGAUUUAGUAUACGGAGCCCGAUGAACUAACCCUCCUUUCUGCAAAUUUGUUUCCGUCAUUAAUGAUGUUACGCUUUUAUGGACCACAACGGUUUUGAGCGACAAACUCGACAUUUCCCUGCGAUCAUCAAAAUCAACUGGAUAAACCUAGCUUGAUAUAUUGCGUGACGUGAUAGUGCAAACUUUUCUCUUUGUUAUACGACCUGUUUCGCAGGUUCUACAAGUUAGAACCAAAAUUAGUUAAUGUAACGAAUUAGAAUCGAAAGUUAUUCAAAUGGUCUGGAGAAUUUUACUUUUUAAUCAGAAUUUUAUCGUUUAAAUGUUUACUUGAUUCAUGGAAAGCAAAGAUUGGAGUGGCUUUGGGUAUUUCCGGCCUGAUUUAGAAAAAAAUAAAACGGUUAGUGGUAUGUUCUUAACAGCAGAACACCUGAGAGGACACUGAAAAUGUAGUAAAAGUAUUUUUUAGCAUCCAGAGCAAAAAGAAGAAUGUGAGGCAGUGAAAGGAGACUGAGUUUCCAACGCCAUUUGUCGUAAAAGCUGCCACCCGCUUGUUAUUGAACUCACUAAAAUUUACCUGGAAGGCAUUACUUCUUUUGUCGCGCAACUCGUGGAUUUUAAAACUUUGAAACGACUUACGAUGAAUCCUGAAACUGGAGUUUGAGUUUGAGAAAUAAUAACAUUAAACAUUAAACAGUUUCUGAACAAGAACGAAGAAACUACUCCUACUGCAAGUCGUUCGUAAAGCUUAUGAUAAGUAAAAUGUUUCUAUUCUGAACUAUUGGAACUCUCAGCUUAUUUUCAGAUGCAAAUCAACAUUAAUGUCAACGUCUCAACUAAAUUGGAGACUAUUACAUCGAACUCAAUUUUAUUUUCCAAUUUAACGAUUAUUAACUGUUGAGGGAUCCGAAAUAACACCUUAACAAUUACGAAGACGUCUAGAGUCUGGUGAUCUGCAGACAAUGCAGAGCCACUCGCCCUCCGGGGCGGUCUUCAAUCUCUCGAAGCUCAUGUGUAACCAUUCCUCGCACAACUUGCACUGUACCAUGUCGUCCCAACACUCGAGCAUUGAACAAUGACAAAAUAAAUUAGUGUCACAAGUUUAUCUCUUAUUGAAUCUAGCGGUGUUCGACUAUCGCGGAAAAGGUUCAAAAACGACCUCUCUCCUGACAUUAAACUAAAUUCUUGCCCAUUUUCCCUUGGUCAAAAGAAACAUCCGAUGGGAUGCCAGUUCUUAUGCAUUAACGAUACGCAUGUUUUGAAUUAAAAACAUACUUUAGUGCGCACUAGAACGUUAAGUAUCAUCCAUUUUUACUAGAACGUUAAGGAUGAUGUUUUCACUCAGUUUUGUUGGGGGUCCAAAUGGGGGGUCCAUAUCCGCCAGCGGAUUUGGACCGGGGGGUCCAAAUCUAUGGGGGUCCAAAUCCGCUGGGACACCGGCAUUCCAGGAGAGAAAUCAGGGCUUAAAUACCCAAAGCCACUCCAAUCUUUGCUUUCCAUGAAUCAAGUAAACCUUUUCAAACAAUUGAGCAAUUUCGGAUUCCUUCUCGAUGCUCGGUUAAAAUAUGUCUUAUCAUCACUUUGUCAUUUAUUGAGCACAUUUUGCGGGCCGAAAAAGAGGUUCUGUCGGGCUUAAAUGUAUCCCAGACAGUGUGCACGCUCACGUCAUUUUUCAGACUGUUUUGUUGUAACUUUUUAAGUUUUUAUUUCCUCAAUGCCCUCCAAAACUGAUAAUAACAGUAAUAGAGUGAAAAAAAUAUAUGUUUUGGGCCCUUCUCAAAAUUAUUUCAAGUCGGCCUAAAACAUAUUUAUGCCCGCGCACAUAAACUCUAUUGUUUGAUUCCUAAAGAGUCGUUCGAUUAACAUUUGUAGUUUUUUUUUUCUAAUGCGGUGUGGUCUUUGGUAUCUCAAAGAGACUAUCAAAUAUGUCCAUGAACGCCAAAUUUAAGAAUCACUGGGAUAAAAAUGCACAUAAAUUUUUCAAUUUUUAGUUCAGAAGGUCAACGACUUAGUAGUUUGUUGUAUUCUGUUAUGUACGUUGAAAAAAGGUAAAUGUACUAUUCAGAGAAUGAAAAGACCUUUAAUUGGCCAUGGAUAUAACUUUGCCUUUUAAUCCACUAUGCACACUCCAGUACUGUAAACUUAAACUCAAAUCUUCGUUUUUGCGGCCUCUCCAAUCUCUGCCUCAAAUAAUUUCGUUGCAGGCUAUACACAGCUGACUCUAAUUUUUUUGGGAGCAGAAAAACAAAAGGGGUUUCUCGAGUUUGCUUUGAAUUUAUUUUAUCGAUAUUGCAUUUCAGAUGCGAACAAUGUAAAAAGAAAAUAAACCCUUCGAGCAAAUUAACUUUACAAGGGAAAGGAACGUCUAAGGGUGGUCAAAGGAUUUUCUACGAAUGGAAAGUGGAAAACAUACUAGACCUCGCAAAGCGCGCAUCUACGCCCAUAACUUCGAGAAGUCUGGUUAUCAAACCCGAAACUUUUAAAGGUGGGUUAAUGUCAUUCAUUGAAGUACGUGUAAAGUAAAAAUACCAACUUGGUAUAAAAAUUUGCGGUAUUUAAAACUGAAAAUUCCCAUGGUGUAGGUAUCCAAUCUCUUUCCGCCCUGCUGCGACCGCUAUUGCUCGCGCAUCUGGCUUUAUUUCGAGGUACUCCAUUGCGCCUCCUUACAUAAGGCGCGAUGAGCGCGCGCACGCUAAUAACAACGGCUUUCUUUUCAUGACUGGAGCUGGUAGGGGAAGUCUAUGAUUUUAAAAGAGUUUCAUAACCUCUUACUUCAUUACACUUAUUUGCUGAAUGGAGCAAGAGCUAUGGACAAAUUUCAGUGAUGCAUGCUACCGUACGAGAAGAAACCGUCAGAAAACAUGAAUUGAGAAGGAGUGCAUAAUGCGAUCACAAUCGGAAGAGGAAUAAUUACUGCAAACGGUUUCGAUUUCACUCCAAAUUCUCUUCACUGAUUUAAAAGGAAGUUUAUAGCUGCUAGAAGACAGAAAUUUACGCUAAGAUCUUCGUUCUCAAAGCUAAAACUACAGUCACCGUUUUAAUACGCACCUAAUACCCACAAAGUUUUGGCAGAAGCUUGUAUCCUGCUUUGAUGAGGGAUGGUAAAUACCUUUUGUUUUGCAGGCGGCAAAGAUUACGAAAUAAAACUAUAUGGCAACAUUCAGGGUGGAGAAAAAGGACUCAGUACGCUUGAAAUAACUGUGAACGAACCUCCAAAGAAAGGAAGCUGUACACCUUCACCGUCUAAGGGGAACCCUUUAGAUCCCAUAUUUACCUUGAAAUGUAAAGACUUUACAGAUGAAGACGAGCCGUUAAUUUACGAAUUCUCUUACUCGACAUCGCCUGAUGGAGAGAAAAAAAGUUUAGGAAGCGGAUUAGAAAAGUUCCGCGAGUCCGUCUCAUUUCCCAGUGGUCUUCAAGAUCACGAAUUCAACUUAACUCUUCACGCCAAAGUUACUGACAAUCUUGGAGCUGCAACGGAGGUCGAAUUUACAGAAAAUGUGAAAGUAAGUCGAAAUGCAAACUAAAUUCUUUGCUUCGACCCAAAAUAAGGUGAAUUAGUUGUGCUUUUCUUUGAAAAGAACGUAGUAGCGUAAUGCCUGAUUCCACUCUCAAAGACCCUCAGCCACUCAGCAAUGAUAGCAUGGGAAGGAGUUCUUACUCUGUUCAAUUUUUGUCAUUCUUAAGGUGGAAAAGAAAAAAAUAAGUGUCGGAGAUCUUCAAAAGAAGGCGACCCAGCAGCUUGAAUCGAUAAUGGGCGGUGGUAACGUAAGAGAAACUGCAUCGUAUGUGUUAAGUGUCGCUGAAGUACUGAACGAUCAGAGUCCUUCAUCUGCCAAAGAAGAUUUGAGCGAAGAGGAGAAAAAGAAAAGCGAGGAGGUAAAUAAACAUUAAAAUACUUUCUUAAGGAUUUGAGUGGCGUUUGGCGUUAAGAAUACAAUAAUCACUUUUUCCCAGAGCUUCAGUUAUGCGAUUGCGAUGAUAAUCUGAAUGAGUUCAAAAUUUAAAGUGAAGGAAAAAGAAUGACCCUCUAUCCCUCAAAGGGUUGAAAUACUAAGACAAUGCACUAACCAGUUAUCAAACAUGUUAGGUGAAGUUGGGUUAUGUCUUACAAGCCAAAUUCUCACAGAAGCCGGGACUGGACCGGUUUCUGUAGCAUAAAGCGAGUGUAAGUUUUGUCAUUUUUUGCCCCUGUAACCUCCGUCACAAAGCAUAAUCGAUGAGGAUAGCGUUUUGACAAUGACGUUUUUAUUUCGUCCUCAGCUGAGAGAAAAACUCGCUAUAGCUGUGGUUGAUUCGGCAAAAGUAUCCGAAGAAACGAGCUUAUCAGAUGUUGCACAGUUUGCCAGCACUCUCACGGCAGUAACAAAUAAACCUGAACAGAAUACAGAGAAGAUGGUGGUAAGUUGACAAUUCCUUACUUAGCUAAUAAGAGCCCUGUGUAAGUGUGGCCGUACCUAACAAGUGCGAGGGUUUAACAUUUGUUUUCGUCGCUUCGUAAUCUGUUACUUAAUUGUCACCAGGACAAGGUCUCCAACCUCUAUGACGAUGCAAGUAAGGCGAUUUUAAAGCAAGCGACGGAUAACGAAGGAGCGUCCAGCAAAGAGAUCCAAGGAGCCUCUGAGGCAGUGUUUGGUGGCGCAGUAAAUCUCAUUAAAUCCGCGGAUGUAAAGCAGAAAAAACCAGAAGAGGUAAUGAUAUCAGCCCCGGAAAAAAGUUUCCGUUGGUAUUUUCAAGUAAUAUAUAUGACAGUUUGUCCACUGAGUAUCGAAAGUGCCCCGGAAAGUUGUUGCUUUUGCCGUACCUCGUUUAACAAUUGAUCUGAACCUUUUGCUGUCUGUUAACGUUCUUUUAAAGCGUUAAAUCGUCAUGGAAAUAUUUUGAAAAUUCUCUGAUUAUUUAAUUAAUACAUAAAAUGUCCUAGAUUUCAAAAGACCAUCCUUUUACAUGUCAUCAGUGAUUAAGAAUCUCCCCCUUAAAUUUGUCUCAUGGCUCUGAUUGACAUGAUCAUGACCCCAAUUGUGUUUGCUUUCUGUUGUGAUUUGGCUACAACUAGACUACAAUGGAGAUCUCUGGAGUGUACAUCUUAAAAAAAAGCUUAGUUAUUGACGUAAUUUGAAAGAAAUUAAUGAGGUAAAAGCUCAUAUUUGGUAAUGAGUUCGCUUGUUUUGAUUUAAGCGCCUCAACCUACAUGAGUUACAUUUACCUCAAGGAAAAUUCAUUGAAGGAAUGUCACAGCGCAGGACAUUUUUUAAAAAUUCUGCGUUGUUUUUUAUUUUUUUGUAGUCGUCCAGUGAGAACAAAAAUAAUAAUACUCAGAUGAAGAAAGUUCUUGGUACUCUGGAUACUUUGUCUCAAGCUCUCACAGCAUCCAAAGUUCCGGGUGAAGAAGCCACAACAAUUGACACACCGUCUUUGUCAAUGGGAGUUUCCAAGGAAGAUAUUGAAACUUUAGGAAAGAAGCCAGUCACGAUCGGUAACAGCCAGGGGGCGGAAGUAAAACUUCCGGAGAAUUCGACAGCUUUCGGCAACGGAACUCUUGAUCAAGUGGUAUGUAAUAUUCCCGUUAAACAAUUAACUAUAUCUGACAAUAAUUCAUCGAUAUAGAGGUAGAUGUCCACCACUUUUAUCGAAACUAAGGUUAAUAAUUUUUUUAGUAUUUACCACACAGGAACAAAUGAAAGUAGUUUAUUUCUGUAAAUGUACUGAGAAAAAGGUGGGAGAUCAGACUAUUAAUGGGCGGUCUUGUCUCUUCGGCUGUCCGGGGGGGAAGUAUUACUAGCUAAUCACUUCCAAGCUGACCAAUCAGCAGUACAGUUGCAGAUAUUUGAGGCACUUGCUUUAGCCCCACUUUUCAAAAUUAAUUCAAAGACAGAAACAAAUUUGAAAAGAUUUAACUAUAACCAUCACAACAAAAGCAAAAAAUGUGUAAUGUGUUCAUACAUGAUAUCUUGGGUCUUUCUGUAAUUGUUAUAUGCACGUUUGUUUGAUAAAGCAAAGCCUUUCUUAGCGCAUUUUUUUGGGUGUUAUUAACACACUGAUUCAAUGUUUUGUGGUGAUUUCAGGCAAUGUUGUCUGAAAUUAAUCUCUAUCCCGGUGGCCAAGCUUCGAAACAGAUAAACAACAGCAAGCUUGUAAGCUUUACUUUCUACACGUCAGUGAACAAAAGCCGCGAAGAAUUCAGUGUCAAACUUUUAGAGCCGGGAAAGGAAAUCAGUGUCAUGGUGCCCCGAAAGCAGCCCGAGGUCGAAAGACAUCCAACACAUGAUAAGCUUCACACGUCUAAAUUCAAGCUACACAAAUUUGUCAUACUUGACAAUUCGUCCGCUGUUACCAUUGAAACCAAGCCAGAGCUUCCAGUGGAAGUGGAAAUGUACGUGAAAGUGGGAGGCGAGCCAAAUCCUUCCCAAGGGGAGUUCGACUUUAAUGUAACACUUUCGGCCGGUCGUACCAAUUCGCUUAACUCUACAAUUCCAUCCUCUUCCUAUGAAUACCUCCUCUCUAAUGAUGUGUUAAACUGGACGGCCGCGGGGAACUACUCUGUUAUGGUGCGUUACAAGCUUCCAGAGAACCGUUCAUUCACCGAGGACCAGCUUGGAGACGGAAUAGGAUAUAACUUUUCGGUGUACACGUCAAGCUGUUUGUAUCAUGACCCAAAAACUAACAUUUGGAGAACAGACGGUGUCAAGGUAUUAAAACUAAUAACAAUAUUAAUAGUAACCAUAAUUCCUUCAAGGAGUUGUUUCACGUUUUGCACGCAUGCACAGGCUUUGAUCUAUUUCAUUUAUGUCUGUAGCAUGAAGGAAAAUGUCACAACGAGCCAAUCAGAAAUGAAAAAAAAAAUACAAAGAAACAAAAAACCAGCAAAUGCCCUGAAUUAAAAAACGGGAUUGACUGGUUUUGCACUUGCUUCACUGAGGGUCUAUUGUUUCCAAGAUAGAGCUCAUCGACAGUAAUUCUUCCCAGAAGCAUUGAAGUAGGAUGAAAGGUUAUUUUACUCUUUCGUAAUAAAGAAAAUACAAAUUGGAACCUAUUGAAUCUAAAGAUCAUUUGCGGAACUUUCGCUCAAACUCCAAGGGUGUUACUUGGUUUGAAACGCGGUGGCCAAAAAACUAACGAUCAUUAUAAUAAAUUAUGAUUAUAAUAAUAGUUAUAAUAAUGUUGAUAAAAGUAAUAAUAGAUAAAUAUAAAAAAUUAGGAUUCAUCUUCAAAAUGAAAAGUAUUUGUCAAACCUGACCGUAAAAGAUCGAAGUGUGCGACUUGUCCUCUUUGCGGCCUUAACCAUCGUUCUUUUGUUUUGUAGGUGGGACCGAAAUCAAAUGUUACACACACGGAGUGUCUCACCAACCACUUGACAACAUUUGGGAGCAACUUCUUUGUUGCACCAAACACGAUUGACUUCAAGAAUUUAAGUCCUGAUCAGCUCUUAGAAAGUCCACACGCCCUCGUUGCAGUCUGCGUCAUCCUUGGUUUUUAUUUGUUGUGUCUUAUUCCGGCAAGAAAAGCUGACAAGAAUGACGCACUCAAGGUAAUCAGGAACUAACCAUCAUCUCUCAACCGUUUGACCCCUAAGGUCAGAUUGUUAAUUCUCCCCUCUAGCUGCUACACAUUUUCCUGUAAAUUAGUCUCAAAAAUUUGCUGUUAGAUCAAGAUAACAACUUGUAUGUGAUAAUGUUUCGCAUUCUUAUGACUUUUUUACUGGAUAAGGGAGAAAUUACAAGUUAAUCACUUAAAGAAGUUAAAGGGUUUAACACCUGUCUGAUUUAAACAAUCAAACCAAUUUUGUGUAUUCCUUAGUGUUGCAGAAACUAGUUUUGGUUGCAACUUAACACCUCGCAUCUUCAUCCGUGUUUUGUUUGAGAGAAGUGCAAAAGACGCCUUUGUCGCCUUGGAGUGCAUCCUCACGGUGGCUACAACACACAUUUCAGAUCCACACACUACUACAUCCUGCUUCUCUUUUCCAAUUUUAAGUGGGAACCCUUAAACCAUAUUAACCUGUUGAUUUAACUUCAGCCUAUUAAAAUCAUUAAAUAUUAUUUUUACAGACCGGAGUAACUCCACUGCCCGAUAACGAUUCUCGAGAUACGUAUUGCUAUGAGAUUCAAGUCCAUACGGGAUUUGUUCGCGGGGCCGGAUCAAGUGCAGAGGUAUCCAUUGUAGUUACUGGCGCUCUGGGUGACAGUGAGCCACGAGUGAUGAAAGAUCCAAAACGAAAAACGUUUAAAACAGGUUUGUUAAUUUGUUUUAUAAUUUUGCCAGCAAUGUGGGUCAAAGUAAAACCGUAGUCAAACCGUUCUUGACACAAUUUUUAUUUCACAUUGUAAACACUCUAAAUGUUCAAAAAUAAUACACGAAGCUCCACCAGGGGAAUGCUUUUGCAGGAUAAAAAAUAAUCAAUAAUAAUAAUAAUACCAAAUAGUGGUAAAAAAGAAUCAAAACGAAUGAAGAAUGGCUUGAGAUGAAAAAGACUGGCGCAGAUUACAAACGAUGACCAUGAAAAAUUAGCAUACUGAUUGAAACAAACUGUAAUCUAGGCAGCUCUUUAAAAGGGUAACUGUCACGGGGACCGAGAAAGGCUGAGACAUUUCUAUACCUCUCAAAUGCAAUAAAAUUAUGUUUAAACUGGUCGAGUCGGUGAGUUCUUGUGAGGGAAAACCCUGAAACUGACAGAGAAAAAGAGGUGCAUUUCAGUUGUAAGUCCAAACUUGAAUCAUAGUAUACGUCGGUGACUGAAUAAGAGAACCGACAGAUUUCUUUGUUGACAUUUUAACUCCCAUGAGUGACCAAGACAGAACUUCUCAUUACAAUAUCAUUACCAAAUCAACCAGAUAAGUGAUGAGAGUAAAGAAAAAUAGCAAUUUAGGGAUAAUUGGUUGAUACAAUACUAAAUUCUCUGAACUAACAUUAUAAGAAUUGUAUGGUUGACAGUAAGGAGAAUUACAAAUUUGAUCUGUGAGUUAAAGGGUUAAAGGCUAUUGUCUGGACCAGCUUCCCUCAGGAUGCAAUCAUUUUUUAACACAAUGACUGAUAGAGAACAACCAUUGUCAUGGCUUUUCCAGCAAGACAACCCAUUCUGAUUGUACUAAAACAAUAAUGAGUUCAUUUUCUGUAUGUUUUGUGUCAGUUCAUAUUUUCCAUCUUUCAUAGGGGCUGUCGAUGCUUUUCUCUUAACUGUUCCCCAGUCUCUUGGAAACUUAAAACAGAUUCGUGUGUGGCACAAUAACGGUGGGACCUAUCCAUCGUGGAAUCUUCUGCGCAUCAUGAUCCAAGACAUACAAACUGAUCAGAGGUGGUGGUUUGUGUGUGACGACUGGUUGGCGGUCGAGGAAGGUGACGGAAAAAUCGAGAAGACUCUUUUCCCUGCGUCCAAAAAAGAACUGACAAAAUUCAACGUCCUUUUCACGUCUGAAGUAAGGAAGAAUCUCACCGAUGGCCAUAUUUGGUUUUCGGUUGUUGCUCGGCCACCAAGAAGCAACUUCACAAGAGUUCAGCGUUUGACUUGUUGUUUGUCCAUACUACUGUGUACGAUGGUUUCAAAUGCCAUGUUUUAUAAAAUAGGCCAAUACGAAACGCCCAAGAACGCAAUCAACAUCAUGGGCUUCAGUUUCUCCAUUCGCUCUGUAUCAAUCGGAAUCAUAAGUAGCGUUGUCGUCUUCCCUGUAAAUCUCAUUAUUGUUACCUUGUUCCGGAAAGCAAAGCCGAAGGAAAAUCGAUACUCAGUGAAAACAGAGGGAGAAGAGAUAGAUGAUAUUGACAUCGAGAUGGGUGGAGAGAGGAAGAAAACUGCGCAGAAAAAAGGCCUUCCUCACUGGUUUGUGUACGUGGCAUACGGCAUUGCAUUCUUAGCCGUGGUUACAUCGGGGUCUUUCGUGGUAAUGUAUGGCAUGCAGUUUGGUUCUGAUAAAUCAGCAGCGUGGCUUUCUUCCAUGACAAUAAGCUUUCUGCAAGAUAUAUUACUAAAUCAACCAAUUAAGGUCUUUGCAUUAGCGACACUUUUCGCUCUCCUCAUCAAAGACCCCAAAAAAGCCGAGGGAGAUUCAUAUGCCGAAGUUAACGCCCUGGCGACCGACGAAGAGUGGCUGCACAAAAACACAGAAGAUCUUGAUGAUGAGACGCAAAAGGCUUUGAAGACCCUAAUCAUUGACAAACCGCCAGACGAGGCGAAGCUGGAGAUCGCCCGUCAGCUGCGCAUGAAAGAAAAGCAGAUGAAGUCAAUUAUCCAAGAAAUUGCCUGGUACAUUAUCUUCUUGUUGGUUCUACUAACCAUUAGCUACGGAAACAGGGACUUAAAAACAUCGCAAGUGACCCGAUACAUGCAGAACAUCUUCGAGAAAGCUACCUACAGCGGGAAUCUUACAUUUAAUAAGGUAGGCCGGUACUAAUAAGAGUGGACUCGAAUUGCUUUACAUUAUUGUAGCAAGUAGGUAGAAGGGGACGAUGUCUACAGAACGAGAAUCUGUAGAGAGUUCUAGCUGAUGUAAUAUUAUUUAAUAACUUUAUUUUUCAUGGCGGACAUAUUCUGGCUUUGAGGGGUGUGUUGUGCCUUGGGGUAGACCCUGCCUCUUUAAAUUAUUUGCAAGGGAACAGUAUAGGAUGUCACGCUUGGAAUAAUUCUUUUUUUAGGGUUUUCUUCUGAUAUGAAUCUUUCUUAUCUUUCGCAAGAUACGAGAUUACUGAUGAGCAACAGUGAACAUUUCAUCUCUCUUGUUCCUUGGGUACCAUGAACACGCUCAGCGCAUCAAAAUGUCAUGGUGGACGUGAUAAAUACUUGUAUAAUCAAAAUAAAUCUUUUCGAAGUUUUCCUCUCACACGACCAUUUAUUAUUCUUUGCUAGGUACAUGAGAUUAACCAUUAUUGGAAAUGGUUGAAUGAGACUUUCAUCCCAUCUUUGAAUCCAGAAUUCUUCUACAAUAAUUCAACUCAGUAUGAAGAGGGUUACCUCGCUGACACACCAAACGCUUGGCUGUUGGGCGUGGCACGACUUAGGCAGUUGAGGAUCAAGAAAGGCAAGUUAUUAAAUGUUUUCCGUGAGAUAUUUUGUCAAAGAAAGGAGAGAUCUAAAACACAAAAAGGAAGUGUACCCAUCCAGUGAGGCUACUUUUUCAAAACGAAAUUUAAGAACUAACGACACUGGGACUGAUAAGUAGUUUUACGGUUUCAAGCACUCUCCACUUUUGAAUUUCAGUGAAAAAAAGAAUGCUUUAAGAGGCCUCGGCGCCUUUAAGUUGAGGCACAAUGAAAAAACUCUGAGGGUUGAGAAUUGAAAGCUGGUAGUUCCUUGAGAACUUUUGGUGGACACCAUUGCGAAUGUUCUUUUAGACCAAAAAAUUGCUAGAUGUGAGGUACACGUUGUAACCUUUCAAUUUGAGCCUCAAAGGGAAUGAAAGGCGAUUAUAUUUAUAUCAAGUCUUUAUGUGCUUACACCGGAAUGGAAACUCUUAAGGCAUUUGAGCACUUAGAGCACGUUUGCGAAGGUGGUUUUGCUGACGAAUAAAUGUUUGCCUCGUUACAGACACCUGCAAAUACAAGAGAGCCUUUCAUCAUGUCAUCAGCGAGUGCAAUGAUUUCUACAGCAUGGAAUUGGAGGACCGAGGCUCAUAUUUACCUGGAUGGAAAGUGAAACCGCUUAUACCACCACUUAAUUCAUCAUCACCCACUCCCAGUGCCUCUUCUACUCCAAGUCAAGAGCCUCAAGUCCCAGGUCCUUGGGCGUACCAGAGCGGAACGGAGUUGAAGACUUACCCAUACUGGGGUUACAAAGCCACAUACAGCGCUGGAGGUAAAUGGUGCCACUCUAUAAUUUAGCAAUAGACCUAAUAUGUAUCAGUUUGAAUGACAGUAGAUUUUGAACAUGGCUUCCGGUUGCAUGAUCUUAUGAAACACGUUGGCCUCACCUUAACCAGUUGUGCGUCUUAAGAAUGAAUCAAGCUGUCUAUGAUCCGCAUGACUUUGUAGUAUCAGUCCACAUUAUCCUAAAGAUAACAUUUUCCUGAUGAAAAAUAACAGCCCUAAUGGAGAGAGUACAUUUUUUUUAACUACUACAAGAGUUUUAAGAACUCUUUCCAAUUUCUUGUUUCGUCAUCUUUUACUUUUGUUCCUUCACUGUGGUUAUACCAUCAAGAGAUCAAAUGCUUCCUCUUACGAGAUCUCAAUUUAUAAAAGGAACUUCAAGUUCGAUUCUCUGUUUCCAGAUCUGUGUAGCUCACCAGGUGUGUGCACUCACUAACAUUUGUCUCUCUAUUUUGAAGGAUACGUGCAAAUGUUGCCCAAGGAUAUAAACGAGACCCUCACGAUAACGGGAAACCUAAGUUUAAGCAAAUGGUUGGACCGUUACACGAGAGCUAUCUUCUCUGAGUUUGCGAUUUACAACGCAAACACUAAUCUGUUCUGCGUUGUCACGCUGUUGUUUGAACAACUUCCCACCGGAAGUCUGACUCCGUAUCCCAGCAUUCUGACUCUACGUCUCUUCCGGUACGUUGGAGGCGAAAUGUAUUUUGUCUUGACGUGCGAAAUUGUAUACCUUUUGUUCAGCACAUUCUUCGUGGUCAAAGAGAUAAAGAUGUUCGUGAAGAAAGGAAGGAAGCACCUCAAGAAUCCAUGGAGCAUUCUGGAAAUUCUUGUGACUCUGCUAUCUCUGUCUGCAGUGGGACUAUACUUCGCAAGGCUAAAAUUCACCGAAGAUGCGAUAAGGGAUAUGAACACAGACAUUACUGCUUUUGUCAGCUUCCAUUACACAGCUUUCCUGGACGAGUGGCUCAAGUGCAUCAUGGGCCUCAUUGUGUUCUUCUCGUUCUUGAAAUUGUUCCGUCUCUUGCGAUUCAACCGUCGUAUGUCACUGCUGCAACAAGUCCUCAAAAGGUCGUUCAUCGAGUUGUUAUCAUUCAUGUUUAUGUUUGCACUUGCGUUCCUAGCCUUUGCACUUCUUGCAUGCCUAGUUUUUGGGCAGGCAAUGGAGGGGUUUGGGACAUUUUUAAGAAGCUGCGCCUCUUUGAUGGAUACAAUACUCGGCAAGUUCACUUUAAAGGAAAUGUUUUCAGCCAAUCGGGUUAUUGGACCAAUUUUCUUCUAUACAUACACAGUGACCAUGGUGUUUGUGCUCAUUAACAUGUUCCUUUCCAUCAUUAACGAUGCGUUUGCCGAAGUGCGCAGCGAUGUGGAAAAACAGUCCAAUGAAUACGAAAUAGUGGACUUCAUGGUUCAUCGGCUGAAAGAAAACAUAGGCAAGUCGAUCGGUCAUGCUAUACACCCAGUGUACAAAGAACCGAAGAGUGAACUAGAACUCAACUUUGAUAGAAUCGCCGAUGACGCGGAUAAUGCCAUGCAUUUCAUGAGGAACAUCACAUUCGAAGAUAUGAGGAAGACGCGUUGGUUCCAAAGCGAAAACUGCACGGAAAAGAAGAAAAACCUGAUGAGGCUGUUAAUGGAAGUGGAUUGGGACUAUUACGAGGAAGAACUUUGUGAUUCUAUUCCAGUUUUCGAGAAGUUCCUUAACCAGUACAGCGAAGAUGAGCUAGAGAGUGUCUUGCAAUAUUAUCAACAAAAGCGGAUGGUGGAGGAUAUGGUCUUUGAUCAAGUCAACGGUUCUGGUGACGACGAUGACUCCUCUGAUGAAAGUAACAGUGACAGCGAUGAUAGCAACGAUGACAGCGACGGAAUUAACAGCGACGACGAAAAAUUGAGUGAUGACGAGAAGGGAUCGGAGGAGGAUGUCGACGAUGAAACAAAUCUGCUGGCGAAAGAAAUCGAUGUAAGGGUCGGCAGCUCGGUUAGCCAUCGUGGAAGCGUAAUGGUUAAUCUUGGCACUGAAAUGGAACCAAGCAGAAUUCAGAGUCCUUCUUUCUUGAUCACUGAUACAGAACCAACUGCUAAAGAAAACUUGACGCGAAACACUCCAAGUGCAGACGGAAGAAGCAGCUUCAGUGACUCCCAAGCCGAAGCGACCGAAAACGAACUAAUUCAAAUAUUACACGAUGUACAGAGAAAUGUAGAGAGUCGUUGCGCCACAGAUGCCGAGAUAGAAAGCAUUUUUGGAGACUCCUUGUCUGUUGAUGGUGAUCAACCGCUUAAGUUCGACAGUGAACCUGAAAAUACAGGCAGCAAGAAGAAGAAUGACAAGAAGCGAAAGAAGAAGAAAGAAACUAAAGAGAAGAAGAUACGAGAGAAAAAUACAAAAGACGCUUGGGUUGUAGCAACAGACGAAAAAGCAGAUAAUACAUCGACCGGUGAACCUCAAGAACAAAAAGUGGAGAGAAGAAAGGAAAAGAAAGGAAAGAGAAAAGAGAACACAGAAGAAUUAGAGAGGCCUUUAACUGAUCCUUGCACUAGAGAUGUAGUAGAUGAGGAAUUGCUGAAACCCAAAAAGAAAGGAAAUAAACAAGGCGCAGGUACAAAUGAAGGUGGAGAGGAGACCGCUGAACCAAAAAUCAAGAAAAAGAAGGCCAAGGAAUCUGCAGUAGAGGAUUCAACGGGAGGGGACAUCGAGGAAGAAACCAAUGUGGAAACAGGGAAGAAGGAUAAAAAGAAAAAGAAGAAGAAAAGGCAGGAACACACAGAUGAAGCAGCUCAGGUGGACCCGGAAAUGGACGAGAAACCCCAAAAUGAAACUAAGAAGAAAAAGAAACAAAAAUUGAACCAGUCGACUGUUGAUGACGACGAUGGUCGCAGUUCUAUAAGAUCAAACGACACCGAAAAAACACUACUCGAAGUAAGGCCGCCGAAGAAAAAAAAGGAAAAGAAAACAAAGCCAACAGGCAAGGAGAUUGGACCGCGGGACGAGAGUGAGUGUUAGAUCUGAAACAUUUGAACUAUACUCCGACAGAAGUUAACUGAAUCUACAACACUAGAUUAAAAGUAUAAGUACAGGCAUUCGCCAAUCCUAGUUUGACCUCGUAAAAAAAUUUUAUGAUAGAAAAAUGCGAUUUUCAUUUCUUCGCUUAAUUCUAGUUGAGAAAACGUACGUAUCGAAGCCGAUGUGUUAUCUAGACGCCCGUUUGCAAGGUGUUUCUUAAGUUAAAAUUUAAUGAACGAUGAAAGCUUCUUAGGAUACAAAGCGACUAUGUUUUAACCAAGUUGUCGUUCAGACAGCAAGUGUCUCGUUUCAACGAUUUAGACAAAACUCUAGAAACUCAGGAGCUCGUAACCAACGGUGCAUGAGGCCAUCAUUCUACCAAAACAAAAGAGCGGGCUUAGAGUCAUACCUUUUGGCCUCGGUUCCAACCCUUUGCCGUCGUGCUAAAUAAAACAAGAGCGAGACAGGGUUUUUGCUCAAGACUAUGUUGUACAUUUUGCUGAAGUGGCAUCUCCAGUAUGCCAUUUGCUACCCGCUUGAUUUCCUUUCAAAUCAACUUCCAACGAAACAGACAGACGAUCUGUAUUUAUUUAACAAAACAUCUUCCCUUGAAACCCUUUAAGAGACUUCGUCAGGAAAACGCGAGGUAGAUGUGGCCAUCCAACAAAGUAAAACCAAAAUAAGAGAUUUGCACCCUCCACUAAGACAAAGAGCCGCUCUGUUUCUUUAUAAAUGAGACACUGGUAAAUAAACGUACAACUUCUAUUACGCUUACAAUUUUCGUAGCGUGAAAUAAUAAGAAAAAUUGUAAAUAGGCAUUUUGUGGUAGAUUAAAAUUAGUUUUAACGCCACACGGUAUUGGUUUAUGACUCUUCAUGGUCCCAAGUUCAAUGUCAUGUUUAAGUUGGAUAAAUAUUUGAACUCUCUGAAAUGGCGCCUUGCAGUCAAGUUUGUGUUUUAGCAAAAGCAGCGGGUCUGAGUCUAAAGAUCUGAGGUGCCAAAGGGUAUGGCUCCACAUAUCCACGUGAAUAACUUACUCAUAGCGACCACUUUGAUUUUACAAGUGCACGCGGUAUUGUGUUACAAAAGAAAAUCCUUGGUUACAGAUGUGAAUGAAUUAUAAAUGAAACAGUGAAUG